AUGUUGACCCGUGAACAAAAUGGGCACAGCCAUGCGAUGCAUUUCUGUCCCGUGAGACGCUUCAGAGGCCACACAGGACCCGUCAGAACAGCAGGCUCAAUGGCAUGGAACUCCAUAGUGAAACAAAGACUGCAUUUCCAAGUCACAAACCAGAGAGGGGUCACACCUCUUAAAACAUUUCCAAUACAUCAACAUGGAUCAUCUUCUCCAAACACUGGUGCCUAUAGCAACAGCAUGCUUCAGAGGAGGUCCCUUAGAGAUUCAAGAAACCUCUCUGAAAAAAACACCAGGAAAUCAUUCACAGUCAAAAAAGCUCUGCUCAUAGCAUGUGGAGUGCGAUGUGUCCUGUCAGCACGACCCUCCAACUGCUCCACAUCACCACCCCAUAAAGACGAGAAAGACAGAUCUCAUUCCAUCUCUGCAAGAGGACAGGAAUACAGAGACUGUGUUGAAACAGAGGGUGAACUGAAGGUAAGGGAUGCAUUCACUGCGAUAAAAAAAACUGAGGAGAGAGAGAGAGCGAGAAGCAGUACACACAGACAGAGAGUCCCGCUGGAUUCAAGCCACCGGCCUUCCACUGUCCCACUGGAUAAUCAGACGGGACGUCGAGCACUAAGCACACCAGAAACUCCCAUGUGCAAGAUUAUCUGGAGAAGAAAAGAUGAACAAAAUGUCCUUCAAGAUAGACCUCAACAUUUUAAUGAAGAGCAGAGUCCCAAUCUAACCCCAUUACUACAUCUCUACCUGCCUUCAUCGUAUCAGCCGCAGGAGCAGGGAGAAGAUACAGCACCGGGACAGGAAAAUAGAGUGCUGUAG